AUUGAGACAACAUCACCAGCAGCUUGGUCUGUGGUGUGUGCAUGGAAGCAAAGCAGAGGGCGUGAGAGAGGCAGACACACUAGAGAGAGAGAGAGAGAGAGAGAGAGAGAGAGAGGAGGGAAGGGGGAGGCUCCAUAUUCUCUCACCUACCUCCCCCCGACUGUCAAGCCACGGGAAGGAGGGGCCAGACCCGAAGCUGCCAAUCAAAUCUGCUCGUGGCAGCCGGCAUUAUCUCAGCAACAAACUAUUGACAGAUUACAUGUCAAGGAGUUUAGUGCAUGAUUGAAAGAAGACCUUUUUGCUUUUUUUUUUUUUUUUUUGGUUAUAGUCACUUUUCCGCGUUAUCUGCCCCUUCACUGAGCAACAUUUGAAUGACUUUCCAACAGAGUUGAGCAGUAUUAUGAAAGUUACAUGUCUGAGAGGAUUUAACUUCGACUUCCCUGAAUAUGCUGAAAGGAGUUUAUGCACUGAAACGACCUCAGGAAAACCCAAGAUGGCUGCCAAAAGGAAAGGCGGCCUAAAACUCAAUGCUAUCUGUGCCAAGCUGAGCCGCCAGGUGGUCUUUGACAGCAGCUCCCAGAACGCAGAAGGAGACCAGAGCGUGGCUGAAAACAGCGAGCGCGGCAGUUCCCACUACGACGACAACGACGCCAACUUCCCCGAGAGCCUGAGUUUGAGUCAGAGCCUGGAGGAGGACCAGAAGAGGCGCGAGGCCAUCGAGAAGUGGGUGAACGGCGAGUACGGCGAGGAGCCGCUGCCGCUGGGGUGCGGCGACGAGCAGGAGCACGAACUGAAAGACGCCAACGAUGAAGACAGCCCUCCCGUGGGGGUCUACAUGGUGCAGCCCAAAGGAUGCAGCGACGACGAGGACGACGGCGAGGAGGCGGAGCCCUUUGCGGGCUCUCAGGAUGGCAGCUACCACGACGACAAAGAGGCUGACGACGGGCCUUCAAAACCUGACGCCUACAUGCCGCCGAGCGAGGCCCAGACCCGCCAAGCGUCUUUCUCCUCUCCAGGGGAAGCAUCUGCCCUGCGAGACUACGCGGCCAACACGAUGAACGAGUUUUUAGGAAUGUUUGGCUACGACGACCAUCAGAUGCGGGAUGAGCUGACCAAGAAGAUCAGCUUUGACAAGCUCAAAGCCGCUACCUCAGAUCCCUCAUCCCUCAGCAGCGAGGAGGCCUCUCGCCGAGCCCGCUUCUCCAAGUACGAAGAGUACAUCCGCAAGCUUAAAAGCGGCGAGACCUUACCUUGGCCCAUGCAUGCUUCCCCACCCAAACCAGAUGACCUCAACUCAAAACUGUCCCAAGACAAAAGUCCAACCAUGCUUCAGACCUCCGGGUGCCUCCCAGGGACCGAGGCCCAGAUCUAUCCUACUAGUUUGGAUCACAAGCAGCAAGGAGCCCCAGCGGGUGCCGCACAACCAACCAAUCCCUCUCACAUGCAGAACAUGGUCUCCCGGGCCUCCAAGUAUGACUUCUUCAUUCAGAAACUGAAAAUGGGUGAGAGCAUACAGCCCAAUGGUAACGCUUUCAAACGACCCUCUAAGUAUGACCUGGAGAAUGUCAAGUUCCUGAACCUCUUUAAGCCCGGUGAGGGAAACCCCGACAUGGGUGGCGCCAUCGCCUUUAAGACCGGUAAAGUCGGCCGCCCUUCCAAGUAUGACAUCAGAACAAUCCAGAAGCUGAUGCCAGGAAACCCUGAAGGUUCCCUGAUGCCCAACAUCCUCGCAACCGCACCGGGGAACCCUGGAGCUCCUGGUGUUCCCACUAUGGGUGCCACUGGGGCCACCAUCGCACCGGGUCUCACCGUGGAUCAGACGGGCAAUAUAAGCUUCACAGCUGACUACCUGAAGUCCAGCUUUUCCAAGACUGACUCCAUCACCACUGGCACCGUGUCCUCCGUUAAGAAUGGCCUGCCACCAGAUAAACCUGCCAGCGACGACGUCAACCUCUACCAGAAAUACAUCGCCAGGUUUUCUGGAAGUCAACACUGUGGACACGUGCACUGUGCCUACCAGUACAGGGAGCACUACCACUGCAUGGACCCUGAGUGUAACUACCAGGUGAGCAGGUUUACCAGUAAGCAGGAUGUAAUCAGGCACUACAACAUGCACAAGAAGAGGGACAACUCCCUGCAGCAUGGUUUCAUGCGCUUCAGCCCUCUGGAUGACUGCAGCGUCUACUACCAUGGCUGCCACCUCAAUGGCAAAAGUACACAUUACCACUGCAUGCAGGUGGGCUGUAGCAAGGUGUACACCAGCACUUCCGAUGUCAUGACCCAUGAAAACUUCCACAAAAAGAACGCCCAGCUGAUCAAUGAUGGCUUCCAGAGGUUCCGUGCGACUGAGGACUGCGGCACAGUCGGGUGCCAGUUUUAUGGCCAGAAGACGACACACUUCCAUUGCAGACGCCCCGGCUGCACGUUCACCUUCAAGAACAAGUGUGAUAUCGAGAAGCACAAAAGCUACCACAUCAAGGAUGACGCCUAUGCCAAAGACGGCUUCAAGAAGUUCUACAAGUACGAGGAGUGCAAGUACGAGGGCUGCGUGUACAGUAAAGCAACCAACCACUUCCACUGCAUCCGCUCGGGCUGCGGCUUCACCUUCACCUCCACCAGCCAGAUGACCUCCCACAAGCGCAAACACGAGCGCCGACACAUCCGCUCCUCUGGCGUCAUUGGUCUCUCUUCCACCUACCUGGUGCCAAAGGACGAGCCGGAGGAAUCCAGCAAUGACGACCUGAUGGACUUCUCGGCCAUCAGCAGCAAGAACUCCAGUCUGAGUGCCUCGCCCACCACCCAGCAGUCCACCACUGUAUCCCACCUCAUGGCCACACCCACUACUGCUGUCUCCUCUUCCAUGUCGGCGGGCCUUACCCUUAAGCCCUCGCCCUCGCUACCCAGUGCGGGUCAGCGAAUGUCUAACCUGCUGUCACAGACCCUGCCCAGCAACAUGCCAGUGGCCCUCGCUCUGUCCAACAGCUCCAUGGCUACUUCCAACCCCUUCUUCCCCAUCAUACCGAGACUGCCUUUCCAGCCUCCUCCACAGGCGGCUGGCCUGGUAUCAGCGGUGUCAUCUGGGGCCCACUCUAUGCCCACCGACUCGCUGACUCAAGGCUGCUCCAUGGCAGGGACAGGAGGGCUCGUGCCGUCUACUCCGACCUCUUACGCCACUUCCUCCAUUAUGGAGAAGAUCUCAGCCAGCAGAGGUCUGAUAUCACCUAUGAUGGCCAGGCUGGCGGCCGCUGCUCUGAAGCCUUCCAAUGUACAAGACACAGGGAGCGGGCAGCCGGCCUCAGUCAACCAGUUUAAUCUGGUUCAAGUGAAGCAGGAGCCACUGGAAGCCACCGCGGGGGCCUUGCAGGAGUCCACACAAGAGCAGAGUUUGGACCUGAGUCGGAAAGAAACCAGUAAUGAAUCAAAUGGACACGCUGUACCAGGGAAUGCAUCUCUUUUAUCCUCGCUUAUGAAUAAGAUGUCACAGGUGAACCCUGCUCUCUUCAACGCCAUGCAUCUGAAGACGGAGCUGGAGGCCGCUCAUGGCGGGCAAACCUCCGAGGCGGCCCAACAGUACCUGAGCCGAGCUCUGAAGAGACCCUUGGUUGACAAACCCAGUGAGAUCUGGAGGACUUACCUCCGCAGAUUUGACACAGAUGACUUCUGCGAGGCUCAGUGUGACUUCCUGCAGAAAGUGCACUUCCACUGUCUGGUGGAAGACUGCGGCGCUCUGUUCAGCACAGUGGACGGAGCCAUAAAGCACGCUAACUUUCACCUCAGAGCCACUCUGAAAGUGAAGUCGGAGCCUCUGUUCGGCGAGGGCAAGUUGUCCGGCGAGGGAGGUCCUCCGCGUCCAGCCGCGCCCGUCUCCUUGGCCAACAACCCCUCCAUGGACCUGGCUCACCUGCCACCCUCCGGAGGAUACAGCUCCCCUCCGCCCUCCCUUCUGGCCUGGAAGCAGCUGACUGGCAGCAUCCCCCAGAUGCCGGCCUCCAUGCCCAACCUGCCAGCCAACUCCCCUUUGGCCACCACUUCGCUGGAGAAUUCUAAGCCUCAAGUCAAGCCUGGUUUUCUGCAGUUCCAGGAGAAUGAUCCGUGUCUGGCAACGGACUGUAAAUACUCCAACAAGUUCCACUUCCACUGUUUGUUUGGAAAUUGCAAGUACGUGUGCAAGACCUCUGGCAAGGCCGAGUCCCACUGCUUGGACCACAUCAACCCCAACAACAACCUGGUCAACGUCCGGGACCAGUUCUCUUACUACUCCCUGCAGUGUCUGUGUCCCAACCAGCACUGCGAGUUCCGAAUGCGGGGCCACUAUCACUGUCUGCGGCCCGGCUGCUACUUCGUCACCAACAUCACCACCAAGCUGCCGUGGCACGUCAAGAAGCACGAGAAGGCCGAGCGCCGCGCCGCCAACGGCUUUAAAUACUUCACUAAGCGGGAGGAGUGCGGACGGCUGGGUUGUAAAUAUAACCAAGUCAACAGCCACUUUCACUGCAUCCGCGAGGGCUGCCAGUUCUCCUUCCUGCUCAAGCACCAGAUGACCUCGCACGCACGCAAACACAUGAGGCGGAUGCUCGGCAAGAAUUUUGAUCGAGUCCCGUCCCAGGUGAUGCCACUCGGCCAGAGGACAGAUGAGAUGCACGGCAUGAUGCCGGGGCCCAUGGGAGCCCACUCUGACAUCACUUCCAGCUACUCCUCCGCCACCUUAGACGAUGCAGAUGAUUACGUGGACUACAUGGGAGGCGGGGGAAGCCCUUUGGGGAUCUCAUCCGAGUCCUCCAACCAGGACCGCAGCUGCACCAGCACCCCCCUGGGCAACGAGGGCUCCCCAGCAGGACAAGGCUACCCCUCCACCAACUCUGCUCCCACCACCCCUGCUGACACUCCUCAAAACGCACCUCCUUCCUCACCUCCUCCAGCUCCUCCUCCUCCUCCACCGCAGCUUCCACCUCCUCCUCUUUCCGUUCCUCAGGCCGGCCUCCAGGCCCAGGCCUCAUCCUUAUCUCCCGCUCUCCUCCGACAUCCCCUGCCCUCGCUCCCUUACCUCCUCGCUCCAUCCUGUCUGUCAUACUCUCUGCUCAGCACCUCUCUGGGAGCCACUCGGAGUGUUGUCAUGCCAACCAACACACCAGCUUUCAGCCCCAUCAUUGCCACUCCGUCUCCGGUUAAAAAUGACGUCCCUAUAGUGCAGGAUGCUGCAGGAAACACCAUCUCCAUCCCCACCGCCGCCGGAGCCAAGAAGCGCUUCUGGAUCAUCGAGGACAUGUCUCCGUUCGGCAAGCGGCGCAAGACGGCGUCCUCACGCAAGAUGCUGGACGAGGGCAUGAUGCUGGAAGGCUUCCGCCGCUACGACCUGUACGAGAACUGCAAGGACUCGGGCUGCCAGUUCUCCCUGAAGGUGACGCACUACCACUGCACGCGCGAGAACUGCGGCUACAAGUUCUGCGGCCGCACGCACAUGUACAAGCACGCCCAGCACCACGACCGCGUGGACAACCUGGUGCUGGACGACUUCAAGCGGUUCAAGUCCACGCUCAGCUGCAACUUCCCCGACUGCCAGUUCUCGGGCAACAGCACCCACUUCCACUGCCUGCGCUGUGGCUUCCGCUGCACCGACAGCACCAAGGUGACGGCGCACCGCAAGCAUCAUGGCAAGCAGGACGUGAUCAGCGCCGCCGGCUUCUGUCAGUUCAGCUCCAGCGCCGACUGUGAGGUUCCCGACUGCAAGUAUAAGCUCAAGUGUUCCCACUUCCACUGCACCUUCCCCGAAUGUAAGCACACUGUGGUGGGAAUGUCCCAGAUGGACUCCCACAAGCGCAAGCACGAGAAGCAGGAGCGAGGCGAGCUGCCGUCCGUGUCGCCCAAACAGGAAGGCGUCCACCACCUGGCCUCCCCCGCCGCUUCCGUGCUCCUCACCACGUCCUCGCCCGCCCGCCUCCACGGCCUGACCCACGCCAUCAACAGCAGCGCCCCCUCCAUGCUCUACUCCACGGGCGCCCUCGGGUCCGAAUACCACCACCACCCGUACCAGGCCCCCAUCAGCCUGGACAGCUCCCUCAACCUGGGCACGGACUCCAGCGGCUCGCUCUUCUUCCUCAAGAACGCCGCCGGCCUGGGUCUCAACGACUCUCUGGACCUCAGCAAGAAGCUGCACCUGGAGGCGGCGCGGCGCACACCUGGCGUGCUGGCGGCUCAGGACGACACCACGGGAAUGUCCGGCGAGGCCGAGGACGACAUGUCGCCCGAAGAGGGGGUGCGGGCCGGGGACGAAGAGGAAGAAGAGGACGAGGAGGACGAGGAGGAGGCUGAGGAAGACCUCAACUCUGACUCCAACGACGAUUCGAUGGCGGAGCCCGACAUGGAGAAGGACAACGGGGAGAGUUUUCGUGCUUCCGUCAACCAUGCUGACACUUCCCAACUGGAAAAACAAGACAGCGACCCGUGAAGGAGAACUCGGGCGGUUGUAGACCAGCGAGCAGGAAUGAAAGUGCUCUCGCUCAUCACGUUCAGAGACUUCACACGACAGCAGCCAGGACGUUAGGGGGGGGGGGGGGGAGAAAAACACCACGGCCCAAAAAUGAUUUAUGAUGAUGUUUACAAGAUGACCAACAUUGUUAAUUCAAUUAUGCAUUCAAAAUGUGAACAGAGACACACAGAAUCAAACCGCCGUUUACACGCGGGUUGGAGGGGUGAGGGGCUGGGGGGGCGGCCAUGUAAAGCAUCAGUCGUUUUGUGAGCGUGCAUGUUUGACUUUAAUUUAUUACUUUUUUUAUUUUUCAUGUUUUUCGGUGUGGAGAAAAAAAAAAAACAAGAAGUCUCCCGAUAUAAGUAUCUAUGUAAGUUUGUGUGCGCGUGCGUAUGUGUGUGUGCGUGUGUGUGCGUGUGUGUGUGUGUGCGUGUGUGUGAGCAUAGAAAAGGAACUUUGCAACAUGAACUGAAGGGCCGAGCGCACAUAUGAAAAAAAAAAAAAAAGGGACGUGAAUCACUAAAGACAAACAGGAUGUUAUUUUUUUUUUUCUGUAUCAUUAUUAUUAUUAUUAUCAUUAUUAUUAUUAUUAUAAUUAUGAGACAGCAAAGGAGAGAGGGGUCACACGUUCUCUCUCUAAGACAUUUUGGACUGUGGAUCUUUAGAGGCGUUGUCAUCCUCGCUCUCUCGUGACAUUCUGAUAGUGAAGCCACCAAAAAAAAAAGCAGCCUGUGUAAUUUAACGCCCCCCCCC